AUGAGGCACCUUAUGGAGCCGUACGGUGGUCUUACUUCAAUUAUAGCAGUGUUGAUCUUAAUCCUCUUCAUGGUUCUCGUGAGACUGUCGAUCACCUGGUGGAUUUCGCCCCUCCGAGCUCAAAGGAAGCUGAGGAAAAAGGGGUUUGGGGGUCCAACCCCGAAUUUUCCUCUAGGGAAUAUCAUGGAGAUGAAAAAGAAGAGAAAUGUUUCCGAGGCAUCUCUGUUGAAGCAGCUGAUAACUCAUGAUAUUCAUUCCACUGUGUUUCCUUACUUUGCUGAGUGGCAAAAGUUGCAUGGGAAGGUGUUCAUCUACUGGCUGGGCACUAAGCCGUUUCUCUACAUCGCAGACCCCGAAUUUCUUAAAAACAUGUCUGUCAUAGUCAAGGGUAAAAACUGGGGAAAGCCCGAUGUGUUCAAAUUGGAUAGGAAGCCAAUGUUUGGUAAUGGUCUUAUAAUGACCGAAGGUGAUGAGUGGGUUCAACGCAGACACAUCAUAACCCCAGCAUUUUCUCCAUCCAAUUUCAAGGUAAUGACAAACAUCAUGGUGGAAUCCACGAAGAGAAUGCUAACAAAGUGGGUUGAUCUCACAAGCUCUGGACAUGCAGAACUUGAUGUGGAAUGCGAGAUUACGGCCACAGCCGGGGAAAUCAUCGCUCAAUCAAGCUUUGGCAUAAGCCCCCAAGAAUGCACCAAAGUUCUUGAAAAGUUAAGAGCCCUACAAUUUACUCUCUUCAAGACCAACCGCUGUGUGGGGGUACCCUACAACAACUUCAUGUACCCUAAGCAUACCCUAGAGGCCAAAAGGCUUGGGAAGGAAAUCGAUGAUCUCUUAAUGUCCUUCAUCAUGGAGCGGAGGAAGAGUGCGGACACCAGGAAUGAGCCUAGGGAUUUACUCGGGGUGUUGCUCCAAGAUAGUCACAAUGAAGAUAACAAAAGGCUAAGGAAGAAGUUAUCUACAAGAGAACUAGUGGACGAAUGCAAGACGUUCUUCUUCGGGGGCCAUGAAACAACAGCGUUGGCGCUAACCUGGACGCUUUUUCUCCUGGCAUUAUAUCCAGAGUGGCAGAAGCAAUUGAGAGAAGAGAUUGAAGAGGUGGUAGGAAAUAAAGAGUUGGAAGUCGCCAUGCUUGCUGGACUCAAGAAGAUGGGAUUGGUGAUGAAUGAGGUUUUACGCCUAUAUAGUCCAGCCCCGAAUGUACAAAGGCAAGCAAGGGGAGACAUUCAGGUCAAUGACUUCAUAAUCCCCGACGGAACGAACAUAUGGAUUGAUGUCGUGUCCAUGCACCACGACCCGACUUUAUGGGGUGACGACGUGAGUGAGUUCAAGCCGGAGAGGUUUGAUGGCGACAGCCACGGCAGAUGCAAGCACAAGAUGGGUUUUUUGCCAUUUGGGUUCGGUGGGCGGAUGUGCAUCGGCAGAAACUUGAUGAUGAUGGAGUACAAGAUUGUUUUAUCCUUGGUCCUCUCUAGGGUCGAUAUGGGGGAUAAAGACACAAUUAUCGGCAUCAUUGUUCGCUAUGGGGGAGAAUUUGUCAUCGGCACUGACGAUGAUGGUGAAUCUAAUGAAGGGGCUGAGGGAGGAGACGUAAGGGAUGGUGCUGCUUUACCUAGUACUCAGGUUGGUGCUAGUUCUAUUAUAGAUGAAGCUGGACAUGAGAGGGAUGAGAGGGAGGCAAGCCAUGCAGCGAGUGAAGAGUUCACUGGAUUUGAGUUCACUGGAUUGUCGUGGGAAGUUGUUGCAUCUAGUGAAUCUGAUGAUGAGGGUGUGACAAAUCUGCACUUGGAGGAUUGCAUGAAGCUGAACCAGGACAUAGCAUUGAUGGAGCUCCAGCUGAAGAAUGAUAAUUCUGAAAAUCAGCAUGAAGAUGAUGAUCCCGUUGUGCGCAGAAGGAAACGUCUGAAAUUUUCUGAUGCCAAACAAUUCAAAGAAGGGAUUAUCAAGUAUUCAAUAGCUGAACAUAGGACUCUUCAGUUUACUCGAAAUACGCAGGACUAUGGUGUGUGCAAGGGAGAAUUGUUGGCUGUCAUUGGGAGGGAUGGCAAUAAUCAGAUGUUUCUAAUUGCUUGGGCUGUUGUGAAGGUAGAGAGCAAGGACACUUGGUCAUGGUUCCUGAAAAAUUUGAUGGCGGACCUUGAGAUCACUAAUGGAGGAGGUUGGCCAUUCAUGAGCGACCAACAAAAGGGACUUCUUCCUGCUCUAGCUGAGUUGAUGCCAUUUGCUGAACAUAAGAUGUGUGCGAGGCACAUAUAUGCAAACUGGGCAAAGAUCUACAAAGGGGAGAAACUACAGAAGUAA